GUGGGAACCGCGUGAGGAGUCUGCGGCCCCCGGCCCCGGCUAGGGCGCAGGAUUGACGUGUGGAGCUACUGUUCCUGCAUCAAGGACUUAUUAACAAACAAGGAUUUGGAUGGAAGAUUAGAGGUGUGAAAGCUGGAAUCAUCAGAGCUGCUGCCUACCAAAUUUAAGACAAUGGAGACGGUGCCAGACCCUUCCAGAGAUGACCUGCCACUUAUGGCCAACACUAACCACAUACUUGUAAAGCACUAUGAAUUGGAUUUGGAUGUGGAUUUUGAGAGCCAUGUCAUUGAAGGUGCCAUUAUCCUCUUCCUUGAGCCUGGAAGCAGAUGCAGGAAACUAACUGGCGCUGAUGGGAACUCUGGCCAGUCAGAGUCACGUGAAUCUGGCAAAGUUGAGAUAUCUGAACCUUGCCACGUUCCUGUGACAAAUCUAGGUGCUUUCUCAUCUGAAAUGAGAUCUAAAGGUUUUGCCGACUGUAAUAAAAGUGAAAAAGACACUUCUGAUAGAAGCGGUAACCAUAGCGGCAAAGAACAAACUUACGGGAUUUCUAGUUCAAAGAACUAUUGUGACCCAGGGAAUCAUGGAAGUGAGGAUUUUUUGCUUAUACUGGACUGCUGUGAUUUAUCUGUAUUAAAGGUGGAGGAGGUAGACGCUGCUGCUGUGCCAGGUAUUGAAAGAUUUACAAGGUUUACCAAGUUCACUAAUGUUUCUAAGGAGCUCAGAAAUCAGAUUGUACAUGAACUUGUGACUCUACCUGCAGAUCAUUGGAGGGAGCAGUUAUAUCAUUAUGCUUGCUGCAGCCAAGCUCCUGGCUGUGGAGAACUCUUGUUCACCUCUAGUACCUGGAGCUUACAAAUCAGGAAAAUGGGGGUUAAGACAGCCACUGACUUUCCUCACAUCAUAAGAAUAUGGUACAAAACAAAGCCUGAGGGGAGAUCAGUUACAUGGACCACAGACCAGAGUGGCAGGCAUAUGGACCUCUGCUUUCUUAUGGAAUAUCCAUUUUGCCACUUCCAGAAUCGUGGUGCUGCUUCUCAAGCAAUCAUUCCUUAUCGGGUGUUUGCCCCGGAGUGUCUCCAACACUGCUGUGAAGAGAACCUGCUUCAGCUGAUUCCUCGAUGCCUCUCAGCAGCACAUUCAACCCUGGGUGCUCACCCUUUCUCCAGGCUCGAUGUGCUAAUUGUCCCUGCCAAUUUUGCAAGCCUGGGGAUGGCCAGCCCACACAUCAUCUUCCUGUCUCAGAGUGUCUUACCUGGAGGGAGCCAACUCUGUGGAACACGACUUUGCCACGAAAUUGCUCAUGCCUGGUUUGGUUUAGCCAUUGGGGCUAAAGAUUGGACUGAAGAAUGGUUAAGUGAAGGUUUUGCCACUCAUUUGGAAGAUGUAUUUUGGACUGAAGCCCAAAAGCUAUCGCGUGAUGAAGCUAAAGAGCUGCAAGAGUUGAAGGCUUUGCUCCGCUGGCGCAGACUUCGAGAUGAGGUGCAGAACUCUACAGAAGAGAUGCAAGUGUUAAGACCCAAUAGAGAUGAAACGGGACAAGUGAGUGAGUCUGGAGCUUCAGUUGUCAGAUAUGGUCUUAAUCCAGAAAAGAUCUUCAUGCAAGUCCAUUAUUUGAAGGGCUAUUUUCUUCUGCGGUUUCUAGCCAGUAGGCUUGGUGAAGAAACAUAUUUCUCAUUUUUGAGAAAAUUUGUACAGAAAUUUCAUGGAAAAUUGAUUCUUUCUCAGGAUUUUCUUCAUAUGCUGCUGGAAGAUAUUUCAGAAGAAAAACGGCUUGGCCUGUCUGUAGAAGAUAUCUUUCAGAACUGGCUUGAUGUUUCUGGAAUACCAAAGCCAUUGCAAGGAGAAACUGAGACUUGGGCGGAGAGUCGGCUCGUUCGGCAAGUAGAUGAUGAGGUCACAAAAUGGAUCCGCGUAAAUCGGAGAGCCAGGAAAAGAAGGAGGAGGGAGAACGAAGAAGUUUUUGAAAAGCUUCUUCCAGACCAGCUGGUCUUACUUCUGGAGUCUCUGCUAGAGGAGAAGACAUUAUGUCCCAGAAUUCUUCAGAGCCUAGAGAAAACGUACCACCUCCGGGAGCAGGAUGCAGAGGUUCGACAUCGUUGGUGUGAACUUGUCAUUAAACACAAAUACACAAAAGCCUAUGAGGAUGUUGAGAGAUUUCUUCUGGAGGAUCAGGCUAUGGGUGUGUAUCUCUAUGGAGAAUUAAUGGUGAGCGAGAAUGCCAAACAGCAGCAGCUCGCUCACAGGUGCUUUGAGAUGACCAAGGAGCACAUGGACAGAUCAUCAGCCAAGGUGGUGGCAGAGAUGUUAUUUUAAAGAGGCUUCUUUCAACUGAACAUAUAGAAAAAGAAACUCCACACACAAGCUUACAUAUAUGCUCACACACAGGACCUCACUGUGAGAGCUCCAGCUUAUUCCACACAGCAUGCCCACUCCAGAGUUUUGCGUGCGAUUCUGAUCUGCCAUGACAAUCUCUAUGCAGACAUUCAAGCAUCUGGUAAAACCUGCUGAAAAGCACUGGUUCCUUCAGCAUGUGAGUUCAAAAUGUCCAGAAAGCACAUGGUUUCUAUCUGGUGGGGCCAGCCAGUGACCAGAUGUAUUUGGCAUUCUUCCUCCAUGCCAUUUCAGCCAGUUGUUCCUGAAUUGUUUUUGGUAGAUAACCACAUUUGGAAUUUUGGUCCGACUUUUUCCAAGUACUUUUAAAAGGGUAACCCAGAUACACAGAACAAGUUUAAAGUGUUCUCCAGAUAAAAUAUAAUUUACAAAAAAAUUAAAACAUCUCACUUAAGAUUUUCUUUACAAAUAUCACUGCCUGAAUUUUAGUAGGUUGUUGAUAAUUGAUAGAGACCUUUUAAAUGAAAAAAACAUAGUGGAUUAUUUAAGAUAACUUGGAUUGAAAGAGAAUAGUUUCUUCUAAUCUGAGAAGGAUUCCAGUCAGACUUAUUUUUCCACUUCUGUGGGAAGAGAUACAGACAUGAUUUUAGACCUUAAUGCAAAAAGAGUACUUUCCCUCUCUUGCCAGCAAGCCAAGAGUACUUGACCUGGGUCUGUUGGGUAGACAUUGGUGCUUUGAAUCACCAGCCUGUGUUGACUUCAUUGGAGUCUGGCUCUCUCUCGAGCCCCAGAGCAGAAUUGGAAAGCUCCACCUCAAAAGGAGAAAACCAGAUAUUUGUUUUAGGAGUCUAGGCUUUGCCAGAGGCCCUUUGCUUUCAAUCCUAUUACCCAGUUACAUGAAGGCCUGGCAAACGCUUUCUGCUUCAGAAGCCCUUUGUGGGCAGUGUCAGGUCUCAACUAAUUUGUCCAUAAUACUCAAAGAGUUUUCCUACAAAGAUUUGCCCUGUUGAGCUUUGCGAAUAACUACAUAUGUUUAUCAUGUGCAAAUGUCUUUAAUUACCUUAUAGACCACAGUGGUGGGGAAAAUGUGUAAAUUAGGUUUUGUAUUGUGUUUUUUAAUAAACCAUAUUUUCUAAGAUGACAAUAGAAUAAAUUUUUCUUCCUUCA